UCUAGUUUAACUUUAAAGACGAAGUUAUUAGAAACUAAGCAGACAUUGUGCAUACAUGGAAAGAAACAAUGCUGAAACUUUGCUCUUUUGAGUCUUUUUCCAAGGCGCAUUGCUCGCAGUGAAUGGUAGUUAGAUCACAAAGUUUUUUGAACAAAAAAAAAAAAAAAAAAAAGAUCACAAAGUUUAUAGCAUUAUAAUUGAUUAUUAUCUUAUAUCAGAACUAUUUGGUCACCAGUCUCAUUUAAGAUCUCCAGUAUUACAAUAGUAUUAACAAGAAAAAAAAGAAUCAACAACUUGUCAAUAGCACAGCGCAUACAAUUAACAAACGAAAUUAUUUGAUUUGGCUCUCUCUCUCUCGCUCUCUAAUUAUUUUCUGGAGGCAGUUUUCUCGGAAAAUCAAACAGAGAAGAAGACGAGAAUCUGAAGCUAUUCAUUCGUCCUGCUGCAGCAGCAGCUACUCGCUUCGACUGAUCGAUCCCAGAGUAUGAGGCUUCCUUCCCCAAGUCCCGUUGAGCCGAGGCACCGUUUAUCAAGUCAAACCGAUGAGUCAAGCAAGAGGAGAUCGCUGAGAAACCGCGAUGCUAAAGAUCUCGAGAAGGGAGGAUUACACGGCUCCUUUCAUUAUAGAAACUGGACUGGCAAAUUCUCUACUCUGAAAGUUGUGUUGCUUCUCAUUGUCCUCGGAACUGUGUAUACUCUCUACCGUUCACCAGCAGUACACAUUGCUGAUCAUCCCUCCAAUAAUAACUCUAGUUUCGUCAACAGAUGGAUGAUGGAGUCAAGUGCAAUUGAUCCUCGCUAUGUAUCUACAGCUGAGAUAAACUGGGACCAUAUGUCAGACGUUGUAGAGAAGUUGACUGGAAAAGGCGGGUAUCAAGGAGUUGGCUUUAUAAAUCUUAACGAUGAUGAGAUUGCUCAGUGGAAGGAUCUGAUACCUGACUGUGACCAUGUUGCACUGCACCUGGGACAUAUGGCAAGUAACAUAACUUGGGAGUCCUUAUACCCUGAAUGGAUCGAUGAAGAGGAACAAUUCGAAGUCCCCACUUGCCCUUCCCUUCCUUGGAUUCAAGUUCCUGGAAGGCCUCGGCUUGAUCUUGUCGUCGUCAAGCUUCCGUGUAACAAAGGUGGGAAGUGGUCGAGGGAUGUUGUUAGACUGCACUUGCAACUUGCCGCAGCCCGGGUGGCUGCCUCUUCUAAAGGGCUUCACGAUGUGCAUGUGCUUUUUAUUACUGAUUGCUUUCCCAUUCCUAAUCUUUUUAUUGGAAAGGAGCUUGUUGUCCGUCAAGGAAACCUAUGGCUGUUCAAGCCUAACCUUCACCAGCUGAGGCAAAAGGUGCAGCUGCCUAUUGGUUCCUGUGCACUCACAGUUCCACUUAAAGCUAAAGACACUUUCUACUCAGCAAGUGCAAAGAGAGAAGCAUAUGCCACCAUAUUGCACUCUGCUAAUUUUUAUGUGUGUGGAGCCAUAACAGCGGCACAGAGCAUUCGCAUGGCUGGCUCUACGCGAGACCUGGUGAUACUUGUUGAUGACUCGAUAACUGAGCACCAUAGAAGUGGCCUGGCUGCCGCUGGAUGGAAGAUCUAUUCUAUUCAAAGGAUCAGGAAUCCGAAAGCUGAAGCAGAAGCAUAUAACGAAUGGAACUACAGCAAGUUUCGUCUUUGGCAAUUGACUGAGUACGACAAGAUCAUCUUCAUUGAUGCUGAUAUGCUUAUCCUUAGGAACAUUGACUUCCUCUUUGAGAUGCCUGAGAUAUCUGCUACUGGAAACAACGCGACCCUCUUCAACUCCGGUGUGAUGGUGGUUGAGCCAUCAAACUCCACAUUCCAGCUACUUAUGGAUCACAUUAAUGAGAUCGUGUCGUACAAUGGAGGAGACCAAGGGUACCUUAACGAAGUAUAUACAUGGUGGCAUCGGAUCCCGAAACACAUGAACUUUCUGAAGCAUUUCUGGGAAGGUGAUGAGCCUGAGAUAAAGCAGAUGAAGACGCGUCUCUUUGGAACCGAUCCUCCUAUUCUCUACGUCCUCCAUUACCUUGGUAACAAACCUUGGCUAUGCUUCAGGGACUACGACUGCAACUGGAAUGUCGACAUUCUGCAGGAGUUUGCAAGCGAUGUAGCUCACAAAACCUGGUGGAGAGUGCACGACGCCAUGCCUGAGAACUUGCAGAAAUUCUGCCUGCUGAGAUCAAAACAGAAGGCGCAACUGGAAUGGGACAGGAUGCAAGCUGAGAAAGGAAACUACACAGAUGGACAUUGGAAGAUUAAGAUCAAAGACAAGCGACUAGAGACUUGUUAUGAAGAUUUCUGCUACUGGGAGAGUAUGCUUUGGCACUGGGGUGACAAGAACUGGACUGACAAUUCUACUAACACUUUAUCACCGCCACCAGCACUUAAAACUCCUCUUUCUUCACUGUAAGCUUUGUUAUUUCUUUACCGUAUAGUUUUACUUUUAUGGGUAUACCACAGCCAUAGUUCCGUUAUAGAUGUCGAGUUCCAUACCUUUGAUGGACCCAGUGAAUGUAAUUUGAUGUUGUGCACUGAAGUUCAUGCUUUAAAACAUCACGAGAAUCGAUUACAAUGAGUACCUUCUUCAUAAAGCUUUGUUGAUAUC